AUGAAGACAUUUUCUCUGCUACUGCUGGAUCUGGGGUUGGUUCUCGUAGGAACCACAGGAAGCACAGUGUCAAUAAUUGAAGAAGAAUUUCUAGGGGAAGAGAUGGAAUAUGACACAACAAAAAGUGGUCAAGAAGAACAGACCAUUGAGGUAUUAAUGAACUUGACCCUGUUAGGUAAAAAUACCGGCCUCAGCAUGUCCAAGGAUAUUAUAUAUUCCUCAUUAUUGACACUGGAAAGGCUACAGUAUAACUUCACCAAAGAAAACAGUCAAGGUAAUGGCAAAGAGCAUUGCAAUGCCAUGGUGGUCUGCAGAAUUGUGUCAGAAGCUAAUGGGUCAUGCAAGUUGAGAAAUAUCUUUGUCCAUGGCUCCAUAGAAAUGAUCCAUGGAAUCCACAAGUUCCCUAAUUGCAAGUGUGCACUGAAUCUUGAUAUGCUUCGAGGCAAUAUGGUGGAACCAAAUCGCUAUGAAAGCCCAGAACGGGAGACCACUAUGUGCCAGCUCACUGCAGGAAAAGAAUUCCCCAGAUGCCAAUACCACAGUGUUACCUCAUUAACGAAGAUGCUGACAGUGCUCACAGGUCAUUCUCUAAUGAGCUGA